CCUGGUGUUAGUAUCCGCACAUGGGCUGCUAGGCCUGUGGGGGUCCUCAUGGUAGUUGUACCCGCUGGACUGCCGCGACGUGGGGCCCUCCUCCUCUGACUUUUAGUUCGAACCUGUGACGCCCUCCCUGCCGUGGCUGCGGCGGAGUCCGGGGUGAUGUGGGCCCCGGAGAUGGCUGUGCUGAGGGGCUUUGCCACUGAGGCCGAGCGGCAGCAAUGGAAGCAGGAGGGGACGUCGGGACCAGACAGUGGAUCUUUCUUACAGUUGCUGUUAGAAGGGAGCUACGAGGCCAUACUGUUACAUUCAAUCACUCAAAAUAUUGUAAAUUCAACAAUGGUAACUGAAGAAAAGAUUGACAGCUGCCUGGAAAAACAGAUAGUCACAUUCCUGGAUUGCUCUGCAGAUUUGGAUGAAACAGAAAGACAGCAGCUGGUCUUCUUGCUUGGUGUGAGCAGUUUGCAGCUCUUCGUCCAGAGCAACUGGACUGGCCCUCCUACGUACUCAUAUCCUCAGGAGAUUCUGUCUUCUCUCUUAUUCCAGCAGUUCAGUGAGGUCAAAGAACUAGAUACAGUUGUCCUGAGUCUGCUCAUUCUAGAUGGUGAAUCAAUUUACAGCCUGACUUCAGUGCCUCUACUGCUGUUACUAGCUCGCGUUAUCUUAGUGAAUGUAAGACACAAGCUGACAGCUAUCCAGAGCUUGCCUUGGUGGACUUUGAGAUGUGUGAGUGUCCACCAGCAGUUGCUUGAGGAGCGCUCACCUCAGCUCUUUGUUCUUGCUGAGAACUGCAUUGACCAAGUGAUGAAACUGGAGAAUCUGUUUGUAGCUGCUUCAGGUCGAUAUUUGGCUAUUCAAUUCCACCUGGAAUGUGCAUAUGUAUUUUUGUAUUACUAUGAAUAUAAAAAAGCAAAAGAGCAGUUCAGUAUUGCUAAAGAUAUCAGCAAAUUACAAAUUAAUUUGACGGGUGCACUGGGAAAAAGGACACGAUUUCAGGAGAAUUAUGUGGCACAAUUGAUUCUGGAUGUCAGACGAGAAGGAGAUGCUCCUUCCCAGUGUGAAUUCAGUCCAGCAGCCACCCCUCAGGAACACUUAACCAAGAAUCUGGAGCUCAAUGAUGAUACUGUUCUGAAUGAGAUAAAGUUAGCGGACUGUGAGCAGUUUCAGGUCCCUGACCUAUGUGCAGAAGAGCUAGCUGUCAUCCUUGGAGUCUGCACAAAUUUCCAAAAGAACAAUCCAGUUCAUAAGCUAACUGAAGAGGAGCUGUUGGCUUUUACAUCCUGUUUGCUUUCACAACCAAAGUUCUGGGCCAUUCAGACAUCAGCCUUGAUCCUCCGGACAAAACUCGAGAGAGGAAGCACACGUCGAGUGGAGCGGGCAAUGAGGCAGACACAGGCUCUUGCAGACCAGUUUGAAGAUAAAACUACAUCUGUGUUGGAACGUCUGAAGAUUUUCUAUUCCUGUCAAGUACCACCUCACUGGGCCAUUCAGCGCCAACUUGCAAGUUUGCUCUUUGAGCUGGGAUGCACCAGUUCAGCCCUUCAAAUAUUUGAGAAGCUAGAGAUGUGGGAAGACGUGGUCAUUUGUUAUGAAAGGCUGGGGCAGCAUGGGAAGGCAGAAGAAAUUCUGAGGCAAGAGCUGGAGAAAAAAGAGACGCCGAGUUUAUACUGCUUGCUGGGAGAUGUACUCAGAGAUCACUCCUGCUACGACAAGGCCUGGGAGUUGUCCGGGCACCGCAGCGCCCGGGCCCAGCGCUCCAAGGCCCUGCUUCACCUUCGGAACAAGGAGCUUCAAGAAUGCGUGGAGUGUUUUGAACGCUCAGUGAAGAUUAACCCCAUGCAGCUUGGGGUAUGGUUCUCUCUAGGCUGUGCUUACUUGGCCUUGGAAGACUACGAUGGCUCAGCAAAGGCAUUUCAGCGCUGUGUAACCCUGGAACCUGAUAACGCAGAGGCUUGGAAUAAUUUAUCAACCUCCUAUAUCCGAUUAAAACAAAAAGUCAAAGCUUUCAGAACUCUACAAGAAGCUCUCAAGUGUAACUAUGAACACUGGCAGAUCUGGGAGAACUACAUCCUCACCAGCACGGAUGUCGGGGAAUUUUCAGAAGCCAUCAAAGCUUAUCACCGGCUGUUGGAUUUACGAGACAAAUACAAAGAUGUUCAGGUCCUUAAAAUUCUGGUCAGGGCAGUGGUUAAUGGAAUGCCUGAUCGAAGUGGAGAUGUUGCUACUGGCCUCAAGGGAAAGCUGCAGGAGCUACUUGGCAGAGUAACUUCAAGGGUGACCAACGACGGAGAAAUCUGGAGGCUGUACGCCCAAGCCUAUGGAAAUGGACAGAGUGAAAAGCCUGAGGAGAAUGAGAAGGCAUUCCAGUAUCUCUCAAAGGCCUACAAGUGUGAUACACAGUCCAAUUGUUGGGAGAAAGAUAUUACAUCAUUUAAGGAAGUUGUUCAAAGAGCCUUAGGACUUGCACAUGUGGCUAUAAAAUGCAGUGAAAACAAAUCAAGCCCCCAGGAAGUUGUGCAGAUGCUGUCUUCAGUCCGACUCCACUUGCGCGGCUUGUUAUCCAAAGCAAAGCAAAACUUUACAGAUGUGGCAAGUGGAGAGAUCUCCGGGGAGUUAGUGGAUGAUGUAGCAGCUGUGGACACCUUGGUACUAAAGCUCCAAGACCUGAGCAACCAGUUUCGGAAUCAGUAUUGACCAUGCCGGAGAAGGUUCUGGAAAAGGGGCUUUAAACUCCUCCAGUAUCUCUCAUGCCUGUAUAUCGAAACACAGAAUACUUGUUCUUAAAACAAAUUUGUGUUAUGCCUAACAUUCUUGUUUUUGUGAUGUUCCUGUUUGUAUUGUCUAAAAUACAUUAAAUAAAAAUGUCCCUAUUUUUUAUUU